AUGGCGCAACAAAACAACCAGCAGCCUCAGUACUAUGGCCAGACACUGCAAGAUGGUACGAUAAUGGAAUCCCCUGUUAUGCCACCAACGCGAGCAUCCAGUGACUCAAGGCAAGAGUUGUUACGACUACCAGCACAACCCCACCCAGCACAUAUCGACUACCAUAUGGAGUCUGAUCAGAGUCUGCCCCAGCAACAGCAGCAGCAACAGAGUGACCUUCCCCUGAGGUCAAUGCCGUCCAAUGCUCGGAGAAUAGGAGGUCAAAGUGACCCCAAUGACCAGUGGGCACCUAAUCGUCCUCGACGACCAUCUCAGAAUGUUCCCUACACCCCUACCACUCAUCGUGGUCCAUACAUAGAAGACGACUAUGAAGAGGAAGAUUACAACCCUCAAAUGUACCGUCGUCGGUCGAACCGUCGCACUCAAGGCCCUCCUAUGGCCUACCGCAACUACGUCGAGCAAAACUCCAGAUAUGGACCGAUACCAAGGAAUAGUGUCGACGCAAACAUGCAGCCCCAAUACUCGGAUACACCGGGUAAGCCAAACUAUGAAAUGUACUACCCCGAGCAGACGGAUUACUCUCCACGCCGCCCUCCUAUGCCGGGUACCGGAAGUGGAGGAAACAAGGGACCGCCAGAGUACCCAUCAGCGAAGGCUGUGAUGAGGCUGCCCUGGGCCGUCUGGAUGGGAAGUAAUGCAAAGAACCACUUUGUCGCUUUCGUAGGAGAAUUUGUAGGAACAACCAUGUUCCUCUUCUUCGCCUUCUCCGGCACCCAAGUCGCCAACAUCGACUCCUCAGCAAACCCAGAUCAGAACACGACAACCAACGAAGCCGCCGGUUUCUCCCCCAUCGUCCUCCUCUAUAUUGCCCUCGUCUUCGCCUUCUCCCUCAUGGUAAAUGUCUGGGUGUUCUUCCGUAUCAGUGGUGGUUUAUUCAACCCGGCCGUUACAUUCGCCAUGCUACUCUGUCGCGCUCUGUCACCCGUCCGCGCCUUCUUGCUACUUGCAGCGCAGAUCACGGGAAGUAUAUUUUCCAGUUACAUCGUCAGUGUCUUGUUCCCUACGGAUUUUAAUGUUCGGACUACACUUGGUGAGGGGACCAGUCUGGCGCAGGGCGUAUUGAUUGAGGCACUGCUUACAGCAGAGCUGGUCUUUACCAUCUUCAUGUUGGCAAAGGAGAAACACAAAGCCACCUUUAUAGCCCCUGUCGGCAUCGGCCUCGCCCUCUUCAUCGCAGAGCUAGUCGGCGUCUACUACACCGGCGGCUCUCUCAAUCCUGCCCGCUCCUUCGGCCCCUGCGUCGUAACUGGCGUCUUCGACACGGAACACUGGAUCUACUGGGUGGGCCCCGCAGUCGGCGCUAUCAUUGCCGUUGUCUUCUACCAAUUCAUCAAGAUCCUCGAAUACGAGGUCGCGAACCCCGGUCAGGAUGACGACGACAAGGACCAGGAGGUCAAAGAGGAGAUUGAAAAGGUUAGGGAGGGAUCUCAAGAACCAGACCUGGAAGCACAGAGGGGGCCUGUUGGUGGGUUGGUUAGCAAUGAUGGGACUAGGACGAUCCCGACGGUAGCCAGUAUUCAUCAGAUUAGGAAGAAGAAGGCACUUGAGGGUCAGGGGUUUGGGGGGAGGGGUGAGAAUACUUACUAG